UCCUCCUCGCUUCUCCUCCUCCUCCUCCGGCUCCUUCCCCGUCUCCUCCGGCGUUCCUCGCUCCGCCGGCCGCGCCAGCCGCAUGCCCGUGCCGAGGCUCCCGGAGCAGCCCUGAUUCCCUGAGCUCCGCGUCCAUCCCGGGCGAUCCGGAGGCGCGCCGACCAGCCCGGAGCCGAGCAGGGCAGAGCUCCAUGAGGGACCUGCACAAGUCUGAGGUGCUGGGGAGCAAGCGCGGCCUGAUGUCAUGGCGGCCGCAGUACCGCAGCUCCAAGUUCCGGAAUGUUUACGGGAAGGCGGCGAGCCGGGAGCACUGCUUCGACGGAAUUCCCAUCACCAAGAACGUCCACGACAACCAUUUCUGCGCCGUCAACGCGCGCUUCCUCGCCAUCGUCACCGAGAGCGCCGGCGGCGGCUCCUUCCUCGUCAUCCCGCUGGAGCAGACCGGCCGGAUCGAGCCGAACUAUCCCAAAGUUUGUGGUCACCAGGGAAACGUGCUGGACAUCAAGUGGAACCCCUUCAUUGAGAACAUCAUCGCCUCCUGCUCCGAGGACACCUCGGUGCGGAUCUGGGAGAUUCCGGAGGGUGGAUUGAAGCGGAACAUGACGGAGGCGGUGCUGGAGCUGUACGGACACAGCCGCCGGGUCGGGCUCGUGGAGUGGCACCCGACCACCAACAACAUCCUCUUCAGCGCCAGCUACGACUACAAGGUGCUGAUCUGGAACCUGGACAUCGGCGAGCCGGUGAAGAUGAUCGACUGCCACGGGGACGUGAUCCUCUGCAUGUCCUUCAACACCGACGGCAGCCUCCUGGCCACCACCUGCAAGGACAAGAAGCUGCGCGUGGUGGAGCCGCGCUCCGGGAGGGUCCUGCAGGAGGCCAGCUGCAAGAACCACCGUGUCAACCGCGUGGUUUUCCUGGGAAGCACCAAACGGCUCCUGACCACGGGAGUGUCCCGCUGGAACACCCGGCAGAUCGCCCUCUGGGAUCAGGAGGAUUUAUCCAUGCCCCUGAUCGAGGAGGAGAUCGAUGGGCUCUCGGGGCUCCUCUUCCCGUUCUACGACGCCGACACCCACAUGCUGUACCUGGCUGGGAAGGGCGACGGCAACAUCCGAUACUACGAGAUCAGCUCGGAAAAGCCCUACCUGAGUUAUCUCAUGGAAUUCCGCUCGCCGGCUCCGCAGAAAGGACUGGGGGUGAUGCCGAAGCACGGCCUGGACGUCUCCGCCUGUGAAAUUUUCCGUUUCUACAAACUCAUCACCCUCAAGGGGCUCAUCGAGCCCAUCUCCAUGAUUGUCCCGAGGCGGUCGGAGACGUACCAGGAGGACAUUUAUCCCAUGACUCCGGGGAUGGAGCCAGCCCUGACCCCGGACGAGUGGCUCAGUGGGAUCAACAGAGAUCCCAUCCUGGUGUCGCUGAAGGAGGGAUACAAGAGGAAUUCCAAGAUCGUCUUCAAGGCGCCGGUGAGGGAGAAGAAAAGCGUGGUGGUCAAUGGGAUCGACCUCCUGGAGAACGUCCCGCCCCGCACGGAGAACGAGCUGCUCCGGAUGUUCUUCCGGCAGCAGGACGAGAUCCGGCGGCUGAAGGACGAGCUCUCGCAGAAGGACAUUCGGAUCCGGCAGCUGCAGCUGGAAUUAAAGAACUUCCGGAACAGCCCCAAGAACAAUUGACUCCAGGGACGUUUUCUAAAGGAAUUCCUUUGUUUCUACUCCUGAAUUCCUUGGUUCCACUCACCCAGAACACAAUUCCAGAGUCCGCGGCUGCCGAGAGCCUGGAAUCACGUCCUGCGUGUCUUGUCCGGCACUAAUCCCACUCUAACCUGAUUCCUGGGAAAGCCUGGAGGCUCCCAGUAAGUCGGAGCCGUGUCCUGUCCGUCGGGAUGAGCCAGCCCGGGGCGGAUUCCCGGGAAAGCACGAAGCUUCCUUGCUAUUAAUUUUUUUUCCUAUGCAAAAAUGUGACAGCGGGAGCAGAACUGGAAAAGGGGCGGGAAGUGGGAAGGGCUUGAUCGUCAAAGGGGUUUUCCAUGUGGGAAUCUGGGAUCCUUCCCAUGCUGGGAAACUGGGAUCAUUCCCAUGGGAGCAGGACAGGAUCCUUCCCGUUCUGGGAAUCCAGGAUCCUUCCCAUGCUGGGACACUGGAAUCAUUCCCAUGGGAGCAGGACAGGAUCCUUCCCGUUCUGGGAAUCCAGGAUCCUUCCCAUGCUGGGACACUGGGAUCAUUCCCAUGGGAGCAGGACAGGAUUCUUCCACACCUUCCUGUUCUGGGAAUCUGGGAUCCUUCCCAUGCUGGGACACUGGAAUCAUUCCCAAGGGAGCAGGACAGGAUCCUUGCUGUGGUGGGAAACUGGGAUCCUUCCCAUGAUCCUUUCCUAUGCUGGGAGCCCACGACUCUUCCCACAGUGGGAUCCCGGGAUCCUUGCUGUGGUGGGAAACUGGGAUCAUUCCCAUGGUGGGGAUUCUGGGAUCUAUCCCAUGGGAGCAGGAUAGGAUCCUUCCCAUGAUAGUAACUGGGGAUCCAUCCCGUGGUGGGAACCUGGGAUUCUUCCUGUAGCUGGAGCCUGGGAUCUGUCCCAGGAUCCUUUCCCAUGGUGGGAAUCUGGGAUCAUUCCAUGGUGGGGAACUGGGAUCAUUCCCGUGGUGGAGUCUGGGAUCUUUCUCAUGGUGGGAAUUUGGGAUCCUUCUCAUGGUGGGAUCCUGGGAUAUUCCUGGGGGUGCUGCCCCAGGGAUGGAUCCCAAGGAUGGAUCCCGAGGGAUUCACCCGGAGCUUGCCAGGCUCGGCACGCUGGACAAUCCCAGGAUUGACAGGAUUUGCCCAGAGCACAGGGAACGACACCAAACCCCGUUGGUUUUUCCUGGAGAUCCCAAUUCCCACUCAAUCCGAGCUGCUGAAGUUGUUCCCGGUGUCCCGUCCGUGUCCUGCAUUCCCCGCUGCGUUCCAUGUGCUGUCAUUCCCGAUUAUUUAUGCUCCCACGGGAUAGUGAUGGAAUAAAAUCUUUUCAGGAUACCAGAA